UCUCUGUGUAGGUAGUGGAACCUGCGGGCUGGGAAACUUCAGGAUGGUUCAUGCUAAGAGCUGGACCCUGAAGAAGCACUUUGAAGGCAGCCCUACUCAUAGUAACUUUGAGUUAAAGACAGUUGAACUCCCAUCCUUAAAAAAUGGAGAGGUCCUGCUGGAAGCUCUGUUCCUUACUGUGGAUCCUUAUAUGAGAGUGGCGGCCAAAAGAUUGAAGGAGGGUGAUAUGAUGAUGGGACAGCAAGUGGCCAGAGUUGUGGAAAGUAAAAAUUCAGCCUUCCCAGCAGGAACUGUGGUAGUGGCUUUUUCAGGCUGGACGACACACUCUAUUUCUGAUGGGAAAGAUCUGGAAAAGCUACCCGCAGAGUGGCCAGACACGGUACCGGUGUCUUUGGCUCUGGGAACAGUGGGCAUGACAGGGUUAACAGCCUACUUUGGCCUACUUGACAUCUGUGGUGUGAAGAGUGGAGAAACAGUGAUGGUUAAUGCAGCAGGAGCAGUGGGCUCUGUGGUGGGGCAGAUAGCUAAGCUCAAGGGCUGCAAAGUUAUUGGAGCAGCAGGAUCUGACGAAAAGGUUGCCUACCUCAAAAAGCUUGGAUAUGAUCCACCCAGGCGCCCCAGUGAUGUUGCCUUUAACUAGAAAACAGUAGAGUCUUUGGAAGAAACUUUGAAAAAAGCCUCUUCUGAUGGUUAGGAUUGUUACUUCGAUAAUGUGAAUGGAGAGUUUUCAAACAUUGUUAUCCCCCAGAUGAAGAAAUUUGGAAGAAUUGCUAUAUGUGGGGCCAUCUCUACGUAUAAUAGUACUUGCCCUCUUCCCCCAGGCCCACCCCCAGAGAAUAUUAUCUAUCAGCAGCUCCGCAUGGAAGGGUUCAUCGUCACCCACUGGCAAGGACAGGUCCGCCAGAAGGCUCUGAAAGACUUGCUGAAAUGGGUCGUAGAGGGUAAAAUCCAGUACCAUGAAUACAUCACUGAAGGAUUUGAAAACAUGCCAGCUGCAUUCAUGGGAAUGCUGAAAGGAGAUAAUUUGGGAAAAACAAUAGUGAAAGUAUGAAAAAAAUGACACACAGAAUCUAGAAAUCAUUUGAAUAAUUACUUAAUUUCUUCUUAACCAUUUAGUAAAAAUGUAUACUACCUUCAUUAUCUAAGAAAUAGUCAUUGUGAUGAGUUUGAUCUCCCUAAUAAAACACAUCU